AUGAAUGUGAUACCACAAGAACAAGUGGAUCACAGCUUUCCAUCUCAGAUUUUGGGACCUCUGAUGAACAGAAUGGCCCUAGAGAAUCCCCAGCCUGACACUUUUAUCAACAUGGGUGAUUCCAGCAUGAACAUGAUACCACAGAAUCCAGCUGAUCCCAUACCCCUGAUGAACAGAAUACCCCUUGAGACUCCCCAGCCAGACAGUUUUAUCAAUAUGCAUGGUUCAAGCAUGUACUCAGGACCUCAGGAUCAAGGCAGUUCCUCUAUUUCAAGGAAGCAUCAUGACCAUACCUCAUUCUCCCACAAACAACAUGAAGAAUUGGAGUCUCUAUUCAGCCAGACCAUGUUUCCAGAUAAAAAUACCCAGAAAGAACUUGCUUUGAAACUCAACAUAGAGGAGUCAAGAGUGAAGAUUUGGUUCAGGAACUGGCGAUCCAAAUUGAGGAAACAGCAGCAGCAGCAACAACCGCGAUCACUAGAGAAACCAAGCCAGAUCCUUCCAGCCAAGGAGAAGCCAUUAGGCCCUUCCAAUUGGGCACAGGACUCUGACUUGUCUGAGAAUCCCACAAAUGAAGCCCAAAUGCAAGAUCAAGAGUUGGAAAUGCUUGUGGCCUCAGUUCCUGCUUUGUACUCUGAUGCUUAUGACAUAUCCCAAAUCUUGAAAUUGUACAGUUUUCCUGAUGAGAACAAGAUAUCCAGCUCUUCUUUCAGCUCACCCACAAGACCUCAGCCAGGAGGACAGGAUAACAUGCUCAGCAACUUUGCUAGUCCAGCUAUAGGUCUAUCUCCAGAGCGAACCUCGUCCAGUGGGACAAGCCAAGGCUUUGAAGCCUACCGCCUUAGGUACAGCCUGGAAUUCCAGAACCCCUCCAGUAUGGUGGACUAUGGAUUUCUAUAUCAGAGUAAUAGCAAAUAG